ACUUCCGCUGCGGUGUGUUUCUGGUUUUCAGCAAGUUUUUGGGAUACCUCGGCCGUACAAUCGUAUGGAUACGAUCGAAAUCACAGCGUCAGGGACGAAAACUACGCACGACUACGAAGAUCAUAAUGGAAUUGAGCGAGUGGCGCUGAAGGACUUCUCAUACAACGAGUUUUUCCAAAAGUACAUGCGCCCGAAUCGACCCGUUAUCAUAACAUCGGUUGCGGAUGGCUGGGAUUGCUUUAGACGUUGGAUCGAUCGAUCGGUCCACCCGCACCGGCUGGACGUGCAGUUCUUGAGAGGAACGAUUCCAAAUCUUACCGUCCCCAUUGCCGAUUGCGCCAAGCAACACUACAAUGCACACGAAAAGACUGAGAUGAAAUUGUACGACUUUCUGGACUCCUGGACCGAUCACCAGGAUACGGAAGUACGGAGCCGAUACUAUCUUAAAGAUUGGCAUCUUCGCAGUGCAAUACCGGAGUACGAAUUUUAUAAAACGCCACCCUUUUUCGCAUCCGACUGGCUGAACGAGUAUUUGCUGGACCGGGGCACGGAUGACUAUCGGUUCGUGUACAUGGGUCCCGCUGGCACAUGGACCGCUUUCCACGCGGAUGUCUUCGGAUCGUUCAGUUGGUCGGUGAAUAUCUUCGGCGAGAAACUCUGGUAUCUUCUGGCUCCAGGUGAGGAAGUGAAAUUAAGGGACGGGCUGAAGAGUCUUCCAUUUCGUGUGACCGAAGACGAGCUGCAAAAUGCCGGGGUACAAUACUACACCGUAAAGCAACAACCAGGUGAAGCAAUAUUCGUACCAACUGGCUGGUAUCAUCAAGUUCUUAAUAUAGAAGAUACCAUCUCCGUAAAUCACAACUGGUUCAACGCGUGUAAUGUAACCGCUGUCUGGAGUAAUCUACGUGCCGCUCUGCAGGAUGUUUUGCGUGAAAUCGACGAUUGCAGGGACAUGGAGAACUUUGAUGAGCACAGUCAGUUGAUGCUGAAGGUCAGCUUUGGUAUGGAUUAUGCUGAUUUUGUGGCCAUACUACGUUAUAUCUGUGAUAAGAGAAUCGAACUGCUGGCCGCAGGAGAAUCACAAAAAGGACAUCUCAACACAGAGUACACGCUGGGGCGGAAUCACGCGGCGUUCGAUCUAGCUACCAUAGAAACGUUGUUUUCCGCAGCGCUAGAAACGCGGGCGUUUUCUUGUACGCCAGCAGUAGAAAAAAGUGCAGUGAGCUACUUGAAGAAAAUAAAAAAAUCCAAUAGCUAA